UUUGAAAAAGAACUUCAGAGAAUUUCAGAAGCCUAUGAGAGUCUAGUCAAGUCCACCACCAAGCGAGAGUCACUGGACAAGGCGAUGAGAAACAAGCUGGAAGGAGAGAUCCGAAGACUUCACGAUUUUAACAGAGACCUCCGAGAUCGACUGGAGACCGCCAACAGGCAGCUGUCCAGCAGGGAACAUGAUGACCGUGGAGACAAAGUCACAGAGGGGCAUUUUGCUUCUCAGAACAAAGAAUUCUUGAAGGAAAAGGAGAAGUUAGAAAUAGAGUUAGCAGCGGUGCGGACUGCGAGUGAAGACCAUCGGAGACACAUUGAGAUCCUGGACCAGGCUUUGAGCAACGCCCAGGCCAGAGUCAUCAAACUGGAAGAGGAGCUACGGGAGAAGCAAGCAUAUGUGGAGAAAGUUGAGAAGCUGCAGCAGGCCCUGACCCAGCUGCAGUCCGCAUGUGAGAAGCGAGAGCAGAUGGAGCGCAGACUGCGGACCUGGCUGGAGAGGGAGCUGGAUGCACUGAGGACCCAGCAGAGACACGGAAAUGGCCAGCCUGCCAACAUCCCCGAGCGCAGCGCCCCAGCCCUCAUGGAACUGGUGCGGGAGAAGGAGGAGCGGAUCCUGGCGCUGGAGGCGGACGCGACCAAGUGGGAGCAGAAGUACCUGGAGGAAAGCACCAUCCGUCACUUUGCCAUGAGUGCUGCAGCCUCAGCGGUGGCCGAGAGGGACACCACAAUCAUCAACCACUCGAGGAAUGGCAGCUAUGGCGAGAGCUCACUGGAGGCCCACAUCUGGCAGGAGGAGGAGGAGGUGGUACAGGCCAACAGGAGGUGUCAGGACAUGGAGUACACUAUUAAAAAUCUCCAUGCCAAAAUCAUAGAGAAGGAUGCCAUGAUAAAGGUCCUUCAGCAGCGAUCCCGUAAAGAUGCCGGCAAGAUGGACCCCGCCAGCCUACGGCCUGCCCGCUCUGUCCCAUCCAUUGCUGCGGCCACUGGGACACACUCCCGCCAGACCUCACUCACCAACAACCAACUGGCUGAAGAAAAGAAGGAAGAGAAGACAUGGAAGGGGAGCAUAGCCAGCAGCACCCAUGCUAAGACAGGCAGCAAGGACAGCAGCACCCAGACUGACAAGAGCACUGAACUCUUCUGGCCCAACAUGGCCUCCCUCCCCAACCGCAGCAGGCUGAGUACCACCCCUUCCAACAGCCCUGUCCUGAAACACCCAGCGGCCAAAGGGAUUGCAGAGAAACUGGAGAACUCUCCUGGCCAUGGGAAGUCACCAGACCACAGAGGCCGCGUCAGCAGCUUGCUGCAUAAGCCGGAGUUCCCCGAUGGAGAGAUGAUGGAGGUUCUCAUUUAACUCUGUCAUCCCUGUUGAAUUUCGUACCAGAAUAUGACAAACAAGAACAGUGGCAGAGAGGGAGAAGAAAGAUCAAGAAGGUGCAGAUGGGAAACCAGGAAUGAUGCGAACUGACAAAGAUUCCUGAUUAAUAAGAACACCUUUUAUAAAUGUUACAAACACAGGACACCUACAUGAUUGCAGAGAGAAGGGAAAGUUACGGAUUUUUAUUACCUAGAGUGGAAGAGAAGAUGCAUGUAGGUUUGGAAACAAAGUUCAAAAGAAGUAAGAAAUGGAAUUUUUCAUUAUACAGAAAUUAUAUGUCUUGGGGAGGCUCUGUGACCCCUAUUCUCUGAUUAUAAACAGAUAAACCUGACCAUGGACCUUCCUUGGAAUACCCACUCUCCUUGCUCUCAGAGCCCAUCUUGGCACAAUGCAGUGUUACUGUGCUAUCUCAUGUGUCUUCUAAGUGGUGUGGGUGUGGUCCUGAGAAGAAAUGUCCCGGGGUGAUGGAAAUUCCACCCGUGGUCUUUCCUUACUUACCUGUUUGGUUUGAGUUUUCAAGCAGUCAUGGAGCUUCUUAGCUUUUCUGCAUUCAGGGGUGUUUUCUAAACAGGAUGGGAGCAUCCUAUCUUCUCUGAGUUUACCUCUGUCUCUACUCUGCUUUCUUUAGUUUUACUUCUUUAUUGUUCCUUCCUUUUUUGUCUGUUUAAUACAACAUGGCAGAAUUCCUUCAGUAUGGUACUUAAAAGAACAGCAUCUGAACUGUCAUCAGUCCUGCUGUGUCUUAACAGUGGCCAGUAGGACAAAGUACAUGUUGGCUUCUGGGCUGCUUCCUCUGCCUGUGCUUGGAUGAGGCAGAGGGUCCCGUGGGUCACUGUGGUGUCUUGCAUUGAGAUCACGGCAGUGGCUGUUUUUCUCUCUCACAUGAGUGCUCUUGUAAGGAGUUGACAUUUCCACCCCAUUGCUCUGUUGGAGUAAGACGGCAGGUAGCAUUUUACAUAGUUUCCUUGGUGGCAUCCAGACUCUCACCUGGCACCCCUGUCCUGUUUCCUUCUGUUUGGGCCUAAUGAGUAUAUUUACUGCUCUCCCCUCACUGUGCACUCUGGUUGGUGCUGAUGAACACAGACUUUCCUUCCCACUGUUUUCUCUACCGCGAAUUUGCUUUGUAACCUGUCAGGCCAGUAGAUAGAUAGCAUGGGCAGGUUUCUCCAGGUUUCAGAGGUGGGACAGAAAUCUCAUAGGAAAUAAGCCAGAAGUGAGCGAGUGGUAGGCCUCUUGUACCUUUGCUAUGAUGUUUCACGUACAACUCCGCAGAAACCGGCUUCCCUUACACAUCUAGGAGGUGCUGGCUUAGAAAGAGGAGGUUCUCUUUCUCUUAGGCUCUCUCUGAGAGCCUAAAAACUAGCACUAAAUCCAGAAAUCCUAGAAUUUCCCAUCAACACGAAGCAUUGAUGGAAAUCUGUGUUCUGUUGUGAAUAUAGCUACAAACUAUAUUUAAAAUCUAUUUCCAAGUUGUCCACAGAACUGGUCCCAAGGGGCAUCUGAUCAUAGAGCUUGAGGGUCCUGUCUCAGGGGAAGGAAAGCAGCUUUGGCUCUAAGUAAAGGUAUGCCAGAGUAAUUCUGUGUGAACCUUAAGUUGGCUGUUGGGUAAUUUCAGUGUCUACAUGCUGCCAGGUGUUGCAUGGAGUGUGAAAAGUUGUUGGGACCAGGUGUCUUGACACUCUAGCUUCACUAAGUAGUGGUUCUUUGUGCAGUACCUACUACUGUCUGCAGGUCCAUAGAGCUAAGCUGCCAAGAAAAACACAUUCUUUUCCAAAAAUUCCAGAGCAUGAACUGAACACUUGCCUAGCGUUUUUCUUCUCUGUGUUCCUCUGCAUCAGAGGCUGGUGGCCAGUGACAGUGUGGAUGGAGUUCAGCAUGCUCUCGUAGUGUCUGCAUAACAGGGCUGCCUCCGUUCUCCCAGCUUUGGGAGGGCAGGAAAUGGUGGAGCAGCCCUGGCUUCAGUCCUCCGAGGCUUACCUCUGGAAGGAGUGGAUAUCAAGAUAGUCGCUCCGAAAGUUUUGACUCAGAACAGAGACUCCAGUGGCUCUGUUGCUCUAGAAAGAGGCUCUAGGCAUGUCCCCUACAGAGAAGUGAGGCAUCACUCCUAUUUGUUCUCACCUGGCUUGGCCUCAGCUACCUGUAACCUCACGAUGCCAUGUGAUGCCAUGGCUGAAGCACCUUUGAGCCAAGUGCUAAUGGCCUGAAAACCUCUCCUCUCACUGGCAGCCUUCUAAGUCCCAGAGAUGUGUGUGAACAGUCAGGUGGAGCUGGGCUUCUUGAGGAAGUGAAGAAGAGGUGGGGAUUAAAAGAUUUGGAGGUCCCAGUUCACAUGUAGACUGCAGAGAGCUGGGCCAAGCAAACUGAUGUGUUUUCUAAAACACAAGUCUUGCUCCAUGCCUGCACCAGAGCAAGCAGAGUGAGUUUCUCUGUGUUCUCUAAAUGCUCUUCACUCCUUCUAAGCAAAAGAGUCUUGUGUCUGUUGUUCAGUGAGCUCUCAUCAGUGUUCUUAAAGGGUGAAGGCUUUAGAAGCCAGAAAGUAGCCAGGUCACACCCCAAAACCUGAGGCAGCCAUGAUAUAUGAGAUGCUUUAGAGAUGUUGACUUUCUUUUCUUCUAAUUAACCAGUGUGUUUUAAAUGUCUGUUUGAUGUGAUGAUUGUUUAAUGCAUUUGCCUUUGAUGUAUGGCUCCAUGGAAGAUGGGCAGAGUAAUUGAGAAGUCAUCAGAGGCUGGUCAGCCCUUCAGUAAAUGAAUUUUGUCUGCAAUUAAUGAGCAGCCUUUCCUCUUCCUUUUAAGUAGUAUACUCUUUUCUUAGUAAUUUAAUGAUAUAUUAAGGUGUGUAUGUGUAAGUGGAUGCAUAUGAGGUAUGACUAUCAGGUUGUAAGCAGAAUUUCUUUUCUUAAUCCAGAACACCCAGGUUUUCAUCUCACCCACCUUCCUUAAUGUGGGUGGGAGGCCUGUCUUCGGGGUGACUGAGUGCUAACCCAAGCAGUAAAAACAUCUCAGAGUUCCUCUAGAGAGUGGCCUUCAGGGUCUGGCAGGUUCCUUUGAUUUCCCCUUAGAGGAUGAAAACUCUUCAUCCUUUGAGGAUGGAUUUGAGCUUUAGAAACAGCCCCAAAUUGUUCACAGCAUGGGUGAGUGAGUACAGAUGGUAAUUGAGAUAAAUCACAUCAUUUUUAUUUCUUAAAAAAAUAUCCCUAAGAAAUACCUUGGAAUGAGGCCUUAGACUCAGAACCUUUAGAAGUGACCAUUAGAGGAGAACAGCACUCAUUAGUGUGUACACUCAAGAGGAUGCGUUUUAAAAGUCGGCUCCCUCCACACCUCCUGUGUUCACAUCUCUGCACAUACUGCAGACACACUGCAGUACGUAUGCAUUAGUGUGAGCACCCAGUGGUGUUCUGGAAAGCCAAGUUACACUUAAGUGCAUGUUAUUGUCUUGUAUGCUGUGACUGAGAUGCAUCCUUGUCAUGAAACUUUGCUUCUUCAAGAAUUAACAUACUGUCCCCUAUAUCUGGCAGUACAUACAGCAUUUUCUCAUAUCAGCUCUGAUGUUUUGAUGCCAAGUGUUGUGUUACAUGUGAUUUUGCCUAGGAUUCUUUCUCAGAUAGACACCUGUGAGUAUUUAUUACAAAAUAGAAUAUAAGCAGAUUUAUCCACAGUGGGUUUGUUUGAAUCAAGGUGUUUUGCCUUUCGAGGAUGGACAGUGGAACCUCCUCCUUAACGAGGGACUUGAGGAAUCUGUACAUUCAGUGAAACAAGGCCAGGCAGGCACCUGACUUCAGCCAAACUCUGGCAACUCAUUGCCUGCUGUGUGUAUGUCACUGUGCUGGGGGGUGUGCCGUUCUUCCCAGCAGACUGUUAUCUGGGUGGCCUUUGGCAUCUUCAUGUCAUGUUGCUGGUCUGUAUUGGGGGUAACUACAGAGCUGUACAGCCACAUGGGUCUGUGUACAAAGUAAGGGGGAGGGAGAGCCCAAGAGUACUGGCGUGUCCCCCACAGCAAAUACAGACACUGUUGGUCAGCCAAAGAUUUUCCUAUUCUGUGCUGCUUAAACUUGUGCCUUAAUAUUGUAUAUAAUAAAUGGAUAAAAUGGCAAAAUGGCUGGUCUCCCCCGCUCACUUGUUCUUUUCUUCCCCAAGGAACACAGACACUCGUGAUCCAAAAAUGUUUCAUUUCACUGUACUUUAUUUCACCGGUCCGUGUUUGCCUCCCCAGGGCCUCAGCCCACACUGGCAGGCGCUCCGGGUUCUGGGGAGGAAAUGAGUCACACUGCUGCUAGAGUUGGCAGCCCACGCUCUCUGCCCCUCCAGACAAACAAGGAGAAAGGAAGUGUGGGAGAUUGGGCCAGGGGGCACUGUCCUCUCUGAUCCCACGUGAGCAUACUCACGGGUCCCUGAUUGCCAGAGACACCUCUGCUUCAGGGACUCGGCCACACUGCCUGGGAACUGCCUGGAGGCAGACAUGCCUCUCUGCCCCAGAAUGGACAUGCAAGAUGGUAGCUACUUUGCUAGAAUCUCUGGGUCAUGGGAAAAUCAGGAGGGCUUUGAUAGCAAGGAAUCACAUGAUAAACUGGAAUCCAGUGAAUAAAGCAGAACAAAAUAAACAUCACGAGAGUCCUCAAGCUAAGGCCCCUCUCAUGGGGACAGUGACCCUGGGAUCACUGGGUUAAGGAGGAAGAAAUGCCCUCUGUUUAUUCUCUGGUCAUGCCUUUUCAGUAGAAGCCUCUCCUCUCUCUCCCCUUGGUCCUCAGCUUGGAAGAGCAUUCUAAAUGUGAGCUCAGUUCCCCAUCAACACAAUGUGAUUCGCACGCUUGGUCUCCUUCAAUCCUCACAACAGACUAGUCACCAUCCUGUUUCAAAAACCAAGACCCUAAGGCACAAACAAGUGCAAAAGAUGGCAUUUGAACCCACGUCUACCAGAUGCAGAGCCCAUGCACUUGUAUGUGAAAGAUGAGUGGGUAUGCACAAGCUUCUGUCUGUUUGGCUUCUUGUCUGUCCUGCCUCUGCUCACAGAAAUCCUCUGUGGGGAAUCCUUUUCUCCAUGUCUGUGAUUAUGUCUCCCUUAGCAUGAAGGCCUAGGUUUACAGCUUCCCAGCCCCUCCUCUCAGGACCACAGAUAUGUAGCACCAUGUCCAGCUAGAUUUUUGAGAUAGAAUCUCACAAACUUUUGCCUAGGUUGGUCUCAAACUGCAAUUC